UUAUGUUAAAAUAAAAUAUAUAGUCUUGUAUCAUGAACUAAUAAUAAUUUGAUGGAUAAAAUACUCUCUUGGUUCAUGUUUUCACUGAAAAAUCUCAAAUAGGUCCAUAGAUUUUUUUUAAUCUCAAUUUGGUCCAUAAUUCUGCAAAAUUGAUUCAAUUAAGCCCAUUCCGUUAUUUCUUCAUGAACGGCGUUUACUGCUGAUGAGCUGGAGUUUUGUACAUGCUUUGCUGUCAGUUAAUUGUGAGAAGCAGUGCAAAUGAUGUGGUGUUCUCCUAUUUAGUAAGAUGUAGUAGUUUGCCCUAGCAUUUUGGGUUGCAGGAACUGAAAGGAGAGAAGAGAAUAGUUUGUUUAUGGCUUCUUCUCAUUCAUGGUUGACGUGCUCCUGCAAUGGGUUGGGGGUGCAAAAUCGAAGUGAUUCUUGUCAUAGAGGUGGGUCAAAGAGGUUGGGUUCAAUGCCUUUUUGCUAUUGUGGUGAAAAAGCUGUCUUGAGAACUGCUAGAACCCCUAAAAAUAGGGGGAAACAAUUAUGGGGAUGUCCUAAGUAUAAGAGGGGUUCUGAACAAUUGGUUGGCUGCAAUUACUUUAGUUGGUUCAGUGGAGAUGAAGAAAUUGUUGGUUCAGUCACGAAGAAUGAAGAAAGGGAUGUUAGUGUGCUGAAUAUGGAAGAAAUGUACGGGCAAAGGAUGAAAAUUCUUAGUUUAGAAAAAUCUGUCAUGAAUUUGGAAAAUAGGAUAAGGGUGUUAUUUUGGGGGGUUUGUUUUGUUUGUGUAUUGAAUGUAAUAUUAUUUUCGUUGUUGAUGAAAAAUCCAUAAUGCAUUGUAAAACUUUGAUUGUGUAUUGAAUGAGAAAGUUUGA